AGCCUCUCCAUUUCCAUCUUUGAAAAUCAUUUCCAUGGGGCUGGGACAGAGAUAAAAAAAACAAACCAUUACCUAAACCCGUAUUUGUUUCUGUGCAGUUCCUCUUGGCGUUUCUCUCCUCUCUCCUGACCCCUUUGUUUCCCCUUCUCUUUGCUCUGAUACCCUUUUCUCCCCCCAUUGUACCUGAGCAGUGGGUUCUAGGACAGGAAGAUACACCCCUCCCUCCCUGUCAUCUGUGUGGGAUGUCAUAAGGAAGCAGGGAUCUCCCUGUGUUCCAUCUGAUUUACCUGGAUACAAUUGCUUAUAUAUCUUCCUUUUUUGGGGGGAGAUUGACUUCUGCAGAUGAAAAAGGAGAGAAACUAAACAAGGCAGCGCGGUGAACGCUGGGAAUUUUAUAUUGUCUUUUUUUUUAUUUAUUUUUUUAUCAUAAUUUUUUUAAUUAUCCAAUUUCUGGAAAACUCUGUGGCUUUUCAGAGGAUUUAUUGAUGCUGGUCGGAGAAGACAUGAUCCCUGUUUUGAUGUCCUAGGAAGGGGGAAGCUAUAAGGCAAAUAUGAAGAGUUUGCAGUGUGCUGGUCUCUUCUUGCUCUCUGUUAUACUGGAGUGCACAGAGGCCAAAAAACACUGCUGGUACUUUGAAGGAUUGUACCCUACAUAUUACAUAUGUCGAACAUAUGAAGACUGCUGUGGUUCAAGAUGCUGUGUGCGAGCACUCUCCAUCCAGAGGCUAUGGUAUUUGUGGUUCCUGCUGAUGAUGGGAGUCCUGUUUUGUUGUGGGGCUGGAUUCUUCAUUAGGAGAAGAAUGUAUCCCCCCUUGCUUGUUGAGGAACCUACAUUUAAUGUAUCGUACACUAGGCAGCCUGUCGUGCCUCCAGGAGGACCUCCUCAACCCGGAAUGCCAUAUUACUCUGACCCAGGAGGAGCUGCAGGAAACCCAGCAACCCCAACUUUUUAUACCCAGCCGAGCACACCCCAAGGAAAUCAGGCUUUCCCACCACCUCCUUACUAUAACUCACCUCCACCGCCCUACGAGCAAGUUAUUAAAUCAUGCAAAUGAAGCCGUUUUAUCUACGACCUGACUCUUUACGAUUGCUCCUACUUACUAUGAGGAGGACUCUCCCUUGACAUGAUACUAGCUCAAUUGACAUAAAAGUAUUGUGUGUCUCGGUGCAGGUUAGACGAUUGGACAAACUCUUUUUGUUCUUAUGGGUGCAAUUCUACUAAUCUUUGAACCUAGUGCAAUUUCUUUUACCUGCAAAGCAUUGGAAUGGAGUUUGAAAUGCAGGUGUAUGAGCUCAGUGUCCCUCCUCCGAUGCCGAAGAAGCUAAAUGUUUAUCUUUUUCUUCAUUUGAUCAUUUUUUAACCACUUUGUUCCAUAGUAUGUAGCUACUCCAUUGUACAUAUGUUUCUCAGCUGGUGAUGUACAGUACAUAUCGUUGCCUCCUUGUCCCAAGAGUGCUAGCAGAUCAUGCAAUAUCUACAGUAAAAGGCAUGCUGUUGAUGGAACCCCUAUUAAAUAUUUCUUUUUUUUCUUCAUCCCAACAAAUAAAAGAAAAAGUAUGGACAAAUAA